AGUGUUACCAUCCUGUACCCCAAGUGUUAUUAUCCUGUACCCCAGGAUGCUAUUGCUGCUGUACGGUACUUCACAACACAACGCUGACCGUAAUAGUCCCCAUGACAAAACUGACAGGAGAUAAAGUCCCCCGGUUAUCCACUAAUGCGGAGUUAAAUAGAUCAUCUUUUAAUUUAACCUUUGCCCAACCAAAGUCCAGCCGAUGUGUGCCAUGCGAAGGUAAGACUUCAUCCUCAGUGCGAGGACAGCGAGCCGACCUCCCCAUCCCCAUCUGACAGACAUGGCCCUGAACACCAAGACCCGUGAGUGCAGUCUAACCAAAGAGGAAGGAAAAGGUUAUGGAUUUUUCUUACGCAUCGAGCAGGAUGAACCCGGUCACCUGGUCCGGUCGGUGGAGAAAGGAAGCAUCGCAGAUAAAGCUGGCUUAAAAGAUGGAGACCGAGUCAUGAAAGUCAAUGGGGUAUUUGUGGAUGACACAGAACACGUGAAGGUGGUGGAGAUGAUUCAGGCCAGUGGGAAAUCUGUGGCGCUGACGGUUCUGGAUGAAGUUUCUUAUUUAAAUUCCAAGAAGAAUACAAAGGACCUGCCCGAGAGUAAAGCACCUUCAGAAGAAAAGGAGUCUCCAAAGCCGAGAAUCUGCUACUUGGCUAAAGGCAAAAGUUCAUUUGGAUUCUCCUUAAAGACACAAAAAAGCUCUGAAGGAUUUUACCUGGAGAGCCUGGCCGCAGAUGGUGUGGCUGCCAAAGCCGGAGUCAAGCAAGGUGACCGCAUAAUUGAAGUAAAUGGAAAGAACAUAGAGAAUGGCUCCUACAAUGAACUUGUCACGCAGAUAAAGGAGUCUGGAGAUUCCGUCGUGUUCCUGGUAGCGGAUAAGGAAACCGAUGACUAUUUCCUUCAACAGAAGAAAAAAAUCUCCGCGGAGGAGGCGACCCUGCAUCUGCUGCCCACUCCCCCGAGGAUUGUGGAGCUCGACAAAGGAGCAGACGGCUACGGCUUUUAUCUCAGACAGGAGAAAAAUCGGAAAGGUCACUUCGUCGUGGAGAUUGAACAAAAAAGCCCAGCGCACAAAGCCGAUCUCAAGGAGUAUGAUCGCAUUGUGGCCGUGAAUGGAGAAUCUGUGGAGAGCUUUGAUCAUGAACAAGUGGUGGAAGCCAUCCGGAAGGGCGGAAAUAAGACCACUCUACUGAUAUCAAACAAAGUGACAGAUGAAAUAUAUGCCAAAGCCGGCAUCUCUCCAUUUCUAUAUCUGAAAACAUCAAAGACUCCAAAACCAGUCAAAACAGAAACUCCAAAACCAGUAGAAACACCAGCGGCCAAGCCCUCCCCUGCACCGGUGCCAGUUCAACCUACAGUUAUUGCUUCUCCCCCUGACCCAAAACACAAGCCUAGGCUAUGCAGACUGGAAAAGGGCGGUUCAGGUUUUGGCUUUAACCUGAAUGCUAUCAAAGACGUCCCAGGACAGUAUAUUAAACAGGUUAGUAAGGGUGGCCCUGCGGAUGUGGCUGGAAUAAAAGAAGAUGACAUCUUACUGGAAGUCAAUGGUGUCAACGUGGAGAAGAACGCUUACGAAGAUGUGAUCAUGAAAAUCAAAGAAGCAGGAGCUAAGGUUACAUUACUGGUGGCUUCACAGGAGGCUUAUGACUACUUUAAGGCAAAAAAAAUCCCAAUUACAUCAUCAAUGGCUGACCCGCUACCCGAAACAAAUGGCCCGUCUUCUCUGAUCGCCAACCAGAAAACUCCACCGAGCAAAGCGAAACCAGCACCAGAACCAGUAACCAUGGAUAUCCAGAAAACUCCACCAAGCAAAGCACGAGCAGCUCCAGAACCAGAAGAAAAGGAUAUCCAGAAAACUCCACCAAGCAAAGCGCGAGCAGCUCCAGAACCAGAAGAAACGGUGAGAACAGAUAAUCAGAAAACUCCACCAAGCAAAGCGCAAGAAGCUCCAGCACCUGUAGAGAUGGAAACUAAAACUCCAGAGGAGAAGCCUCCUAAAGACGAGGAUGACACCGUCCUGUAGACCCCAAGAAGAGGUCUCAUCCUGGCCAAACAUGAAACACGUUGAAGAAAAUUGUCUGUUCUUGGGUCCCAGCUCAGUAAUUGAUCCUCCGAGACUAAAGCCAUCGUCCCCCUAAUACAAGAUCCGAGGUCCUAACCUGGGGGAGAACCUGAGGGAUCGUCGGUUUCAUUAUAAUUCCUUGGUCUCGGGUUGAUUAUUUAUGGUCGGUUUGUAAUGAUUAAACCCUGUGGAGCUUCGUCGCAGUCAAAUAUUUAACUUUUACAACUUGUUUUGCAUCUUGGAGGCUCGGAAAGUAAGAGAUCACUUGAGUUGGUCAUGCAUGAGCUGGUCUUACCUCGUGACGACUAUUAGGCCUUAGCUAUGGGCGGCCAAAACAAGAUUAAACUUUUGUCCUCGGGAUAAGUUGUUAAUAAAAAUAAAAAGUAUAUGGGUGACUCGUCUGCCCAUUUGUGUUCUUUA